CGUCAGGCGAUAGGGUCACGUGACUGGCUGGGCUCGCUCCAUCGGCUGCGGGGAGAGUCUGAGAUUGAGAGGCUGUUUAUCCAUAGAAUGACUCAAAAUUGAAAGGAGAGACUUGAAAUGGCAAAUCACUACAGCCUAGAAAAGGAUCUCCUACAGCAAAAAGGGUUUUUAAAACUUACAUGAACACCUUCAUGUGGUGACUUGUAGUUGUCCAGAGCCUUUGCGAUACUGUAAACUUGGAUGGACUUUUCAUCAGGCACUUCGGAUGUGGAGACAAACUUUGCUUUUGCUGGUUGAAUUUUCUUGACCAGACAACCAAAAAUUAAUUGGCUACAAUACAAACUUCAAUUAAAUAUGAUCGCUUCAGUUGACAAAAUUAAUUCCUUUCACAAGGUUGACACUUCAGAAAGCCUUUUUGACAUGAACUAUUCUUCUUGGAAUGUCCGUUGCACUGUGAUUGCUGCUGGUUUUCUAUUCUAUUUUGUAAUAUUCAUUCUUUCACAUGGGUUAAGCCUUAUAUUAUCUGUGACCUACUGCUCUUUGCCAGCAAAGGAGAAAGUCUUCUGGAAUCUCGCUGUCACUCGUGGUGUUUUUGGAAUCCAGGGCAUGGUUGCGGGUCUUUGGGCUCUCCUUAAAGAUUCAGAAUUGUAUGCUGAUAAAAUACUAGCUCAACAGGACUGGUCUUGGUUCAAUAUCUUAACAGCAUUUGGCUUCUUUGUGUUGGAGAAUGCAGCUUUUCAUGGGUCCAAUGUAGUUUUCAGAACAUUUGACAUGGCACUGGCUAUCCAUCACUUUUUUGCCAUUUCUGGUUUUGCCACCAAUUUGAUAUGGGACAAUGCAGGCCACUAUUUGCCCAUGAUGAUACUAUUGUUGGAGAUGAGCACUCCAUUCACUUGCAUUUCUUGGAUCCUGUUGAAGGCUGGUUUUGCACAUAUCCUGCUCUGGAAAUUAAACCAGUGGCUCAUGAUCCACAUGUUUCACUGUCGUAUGAUCCUCACCUAUCACAUAUGGUGGGUGUGCUGGCAGAAUUUGGACAGAAUAAAGCUGCAUGUACCAGUCCCACAGGCAGUGUUGUUCUUUUCUGGACUUUUCCUCCUGACCUUCAUAAUCAACCCUCAUUGGACACGUAAGAAAACAUUGCAACUUUUGAACCCAGUUGACUGGAACUUUACAAAGGAGAUCAGCGGGAGGGCAAAUGGUGAAACAAACAAGGUUUUGAAGAAAACAACGUGACUUGAAAUAUAAUGUGGGGGAAAUGUUAAACCCCAAACAUGCAAAAUUAUAUUCCUAACAUGCUAAACUACAUAAAUCUACUCAGUGAGGUUAGCUGCCCUGUAUCCCUGGGUAUUGAAUUUGAUAUCUAACAUGUAUUUGUUUAUCAUUUCCCGUCAGAACUUGACCUUUUUAUACAAGCAAGCUUGUGCAAUAAGUGACACAUACCAAAUGUAGAUAAGUCAAAACAGGAACUUGGCAAACUUAUUCAACAACUGCUCUUGAGAAUUUAGUUAACGAUAGACUUUUAGCAUUAAAGUAAGUAAUGCUUUUCUAAAAGUUCAAUAUUUUUUUUUAAAAACGUUGUAAGAUGGUAAUAAAUUUCCCUAACUAAAUAAGUAAAUAUCUGAAUAACUUCAAUGCGUUUGGGAGUAAAUGGAUACUUUAAUUCAUCAUUGGAAUCUUUCAAGACUACUGGCUAUUUUCUACAUGAAAAAGUUUGAUAAUGAUACAUCAUGUAUUUGUACCUGUAGCUCAAAGAUUGAAGCAGCAAUAAUUUGCUUUAAUCAUGUAAUAAUUCUGUCAGAUGUAAACACGCUUUUACACUUCAGUAUUUUCAUGAUGCCACUGUUGUGGGACAGUUGAAUCUUUUUUACAUUCUUAACAUUGCUAUCAGCAGUGGCUUGGUUGGCAGCACUGUUGCCUCUUGAGUCAGAAGGCUCUGGGUUCAAGACUCACUCCAAGACUUAAGCACAAAAAUCAAGGCUGACACUCCAGUAUAGUACUGAGCAGUAGAGAUAUCCAUGGUAGCUUGGCCAGAAUUUAUCCCUCAACCAACAACACAAAGCAGACUGUUAUCAAAGUACUGUUGUGGAACCUUGCUGUGUGUAAACUGAUAGCUAUAUUAUAACAGUGACUAAUCAUGAUUGGCUGUAAAGAAUUUUGGAAUGGCCUAUGGUCAUGAAAGAUGCUUAUAUAAAAGUGUCUUUAUUCAUUUUAAUACAGUAUUCAGUCUUAAACUUAAGUGUUCGUCCAUCUGUUAAAGUUCUAGGUUUGUGUAAUAAUUGACUUUCUGGGAUGCAUUGAUCCUUAUGAAACCCAUUUUUAUAUAUUACUGGGUGGAAAAUCCUACCAGAAUUGCACAAGAUUUGGCAGAAGAUGCAAAUCAACCAUGUUUUAUUUAAUAACUAUAAACAUUUCUUAACUUAUUUCAGAGAAGCUAUC